ACGAUUACACAUGGGGAUUUAAGUGUCUCCAUUAGGUUUUGGCAAGGAAGAAGGGUUUUACAAUGGGAGUAAGAUCAAGCAGGUUGAGCAGGCUGAUUGGAGCUGCAGAUGGUGAGAGAGUUAAGAGACUUGGAGGAGGGCCUCAAAUGGUGACUCCUAAAGGCUAUGUGCCAAUUUGUGUUGGGGUGAAUAAUGACACAAAACGCUUUAUUGUUCACACAAAAGCACUUGGGGAUGCUGAUUUCUUGGAGCUUCUCUAUAAAGCAGCUGAAGAAUAUGGCUUCUGUAAUCAAGGAGUUCUCCGGAUCCCAUAUGAAGCAAAGGAGUUUGAAGACUGGAUGAUCCGUCAUGCAAAUCGAAAGGUUAAAGUUAAACCAUAUUAGAAAUGAUGUGAAAUAUUAAUCUAUGUGGGUUCUCUUAUAGAUUUAGGAUAGUAUAA